AUGAACUCCCAGAUCAAGCAGCUUGUUAAAGACAGUGAAAAGUGUGCCACGUUCCAGAACACGCCACCACCAGAAUCCUUAAAACCAACACCAGUUCCAGACCUAUCGUAUGCUGUAGUGGGGUGUGACUUAUUCGACUUUGAGUCAAAGAAGUACCUCGUGGUAGUGGACUAUUUUUCUAAGUAUAUUGAUUGUAUGGAGCUACAGUCUCAGUCAUCAUUUUCUACAAUUGAAACUUUGAAAUGUAUAUUUGGAACCCAUGGAAUUCCAAAGGAGAUCCGAUCUGAUAACGGACCACAAUUCAGUUUAUAUGAAUUCCGAAAUUUCUGCAAUGAAUCAGACAUAUCAUCUAACAUGUUACGUCUAGUCCACACCUUCAAAGCUCAAACGGUGCAGCUGAGCACGCAGUCCAAACUGACGACACCACUAGAGGAAGUGGAUCUAUCUCCAUCACAACUUCUCAUGGGAAGGAGGCCACGCAAUACAUUACCUGCAGCAUCAGAUAUUCUGCGACCAAAGAGCCAAAAUCUUGAAAGUAUGAAGCAGAGUCUACAGUCAGGCAAGGACAAGCAAAAAGCCAGUUCCGACAACAAAUGCAACAACAAGGAGCUGUUGCCGCUCUAUCCAACCGACCCGGUACGAGUCAUGCCACAGCAGGGAAAGAAAGAAUGGAUCCCUGGAGUGAUUGUACGUCAUCAUGAAGCGCCGAGAUCAUAUACGGUGCAAGUUGGAAGUCGACAGCUGCGUCGAAAUCUGAAACACCUUAGACACACAAAGAAAAUGAAACAAUUGAUGACCAACCGGAUGAUGGAAGGCUUCAUGUCGAAAGUCCGCCCAAAGAAAGUUCACAAGAACCUACCAGUUUGA